AUGGCUAGAGAACUAGCCUCUAAACACACGGCAGUCGCGAACUGGCUGAAUCCCGAACCCCCUAGGUAUCCAAAUGAUCCCCCCAACAUCCUCUCCCUCGACCAAGCAUUGCAACUAGUCGAAAGCGUAAGGGACGCUGAAUCCAAACGCCGACGCAAAACGAAAGCUACUCUCCGCCAAACUCAACAACCCUGUCACCUAUGCGGCCAGAAAGGUCACACAGCAAAGGAUAUCGCCGAAGACGGCUCUUUCAAGUGUCCCACCCGCAUCACCGACACCCAAACCAUGUCAACCGAACUCUCGCGUCUACGCGCUGAAUUCACCGCCGAACUAGCCACUAUACGCCAAAAAGACGAGGUACAAAAACUCUCCCAACAACAAAAUCAAAAUCAAAAUCGACAAGUUCAACAAAACAUACACCACCAUCCCCGCAAUCACCAACAACAACAAACCCUACACCACCGUCUCCACCACGACUCCUACCUAACCGCCCUCCAAAAACGCAACCGCGCCCUACCCAUCUGGUCCGUAAACUACUUCGCCCUUCACCGCGCGCUGCAGCGUAAAUCGGGGCUAGCGCGGUUUGUAGAUUGCAGUGGUAAGUCACAGUUUGUGCGGUUGUAUGUAGAGGGCGUUGCGAGGUAUGAAAAGGAGGUGAGGGAGAAGAAGGAGAGAGAGAGGAGAGAGGAGGAGGGGGAAGUGUUGUGGCCGAAUGUGCAGGUUGUUGUGAGGUGA